GUGUGUUUGUUUACAUGUUUUGCAUGCGGGAGUAUAUGAAUUUUGUUGUGACUUUGACAGAAAUCACAGAGCUACCUGAAGUUAGAUGAAAUAUGACAUUCCUCUGCAGGCUUCACCAGCUAUCCUUUCCUAACAUCUGGAAACAAGUGUUGCAUGAUGUGAGAAAUGAUUAUAUUUUGGGAGUAGUGUUACAUUUAUAAAGGAGGGAAUCUUCAGAUUGAAGUGUUACACACAGUUAUGAGAAAAAUGGCUCUGAAAGGACUUAAACGGCGUGCAUCCAUUGCCGAGAGUGUUCAUCCAGAAAAGAAGAGUAAAGGAUUUUCAGUUAACUCAUUUCUAAAUAGCUUGCAGCAGCCCGAAUGCCUCACAUCUUUGAAGUCAUUUGUGAAUUUGAGCAAAUCCUUUGAAACUGUUGAUGACGAUGUUUUUAAGGAAUACUUAGCAAGUGAUGCAGGUCUUGAGGAGAUUCUGAAGUGUGUGAAUGUUAAUGAGAAGAAGAACUUGGCCCUUGCAACAGCUGCUUUUUCUGCUGUUCGUGUCAUAUUAAUGAGGAUUCUCUCUGAUUUACCUCAGUUUUACAUUAAGGCAGAAGUUGGAUGUAGGUAUCUAUUGCGUGCAUUCUUGCCCAUAAUCAACACAAUGCUGUCAUUGAACAGUAAUGCUCAUCAGAGAAAAAUUGUUUUGAGGCUCUUGACAGCUGUUGUGACCGUUAGUUCUGAACUGGCACAUGAGGUGGCAGUACAAAUAACACUGAGCCCUCCUGUCUUGGAGCUUCUUGUAAAACAUUCACAGGCAUCAGAGGAGAAACACAACGUGCGAAGUUGCUUCAUACAUUAUUUAUUGUCAUUCUUUGUGAGUGGAUCGGAUUUUACUAUUCGCCUGCUUCUUGAUAGAAAAGGAUAUAUAAACAGCAUAAUUCCUGGCCUUCUGUAUGAUAGUGCUGACUUGGUAGUUCUGGUAUUAGCUACAUUACGGUCUAAAGUGCUAGAAAACCCAUCAGUCUCAAAGACCAAUAAAUUGCGAACAUUUAGUGUUCCUAUAAUUCGGUCUCUUAUAGGCUUGUAUGAAUGGAAAGGUCCUCAGAAAUGGAAAGGAGAUGCUGAUAGUCUGAUACAACAGACAGACGAACAGGAAGGCAAAUCUGUGGUGUGUGAAUCAGUGCACGAGUUCCUGAUUGUACUGUGCACUUCUCGAAAGCAUGGAAUUGCAUUCAUAGAUAGAACCCUAGGUACAUCCGGUAAUAAACAAAAUCCAGUGCUGUAUGGUGUUCUACAGGGGUUGGAUCAGCCUUGGGACAAUGUUUUUACAUCAGAGUUAGUUGUAAAAAUAUUACAAUUGUGUCCAGAUUUAGUCAAAAGUACACUGGCAAACACAGAAUCGUUUCUUCCACCGAGGCCGUCAAUAAAAUGGGAGAAAACAGUUUCUUUUGUAGAAAAGGUAGUAACAUCUGUGGAGCCAGAGCAUCUGAAAUCAUUUGCUGAAUCUGCACACAAAAAUGCACAUGACAACCGACUGUUGAGUUUGGUGCUAACUCUUACAGUUCCUACUGUGCCACUGAGAGUUGUGGGUGAAGCUGGUGUCACUCAUUCUCAUUUGGCUGUCAGACAUCGGACUGUAUUACUGCUAGUGACCCUUCUUUUACGUCUGAGGUAUUAUCAGAUGAAGUUACUGCAUUGGGGAGUGAGUUUAUCUGCAGAUGCCGUGUCAGCCUACCUUAUACAGCAUCUUCCAGAUGCACAAUUAAUUCAUCAGACCUGGGGAAAACAGGAUGAUAGUCUUGUUGGACAAGAUGAUAGGAAUGAUGGGCUAUCUUUACCAGACGCUGGUGACUAUGAAUGUGCUCUGCUCCAGCUGCUUCUGCUGUAUCAGCAAAUGUGUCCGCAGCUAAUUGAUAUAGCUGUUAUGUCACAGUGGAUACGUUCAUUAUUGCCUAAUCUGCUGGAAUUAGAACCCAACAAGGAUUUCCCACUUAUGCUGGCAAGAGCUACAUUUCUUUCACUGUCCACUGACAGCUCCAUUCUAAAGCCUGAUUCGGAGAUCUUCAGAAAAGUAUCACUAGCUCUGUUCAGUUUAGUGGCCCAAGGCUCUAAGCCUGCUAGGCAAGCACUUUCUGCACUGUUUGAGGCAUCAGGGCAACUAGAGGGUGCACAAAGAGAGUUGCCAGUUUGGCUACACAGCUACACUACAAUGGUGCCUGAUAGUCAGCAAGAAGUUGCUUCCUUCAUUGUGAACACAAUUCAGCAUCUAGCACAUGACUCUGCUAGUUAUCUGAAAAUUUUACAAAGUGCAGAAGAAGAAGCUUCUACUUUCCAGACAGAUGCCUUGCAUCAUGUUCCUGCUAGUUCCUUGCAGGAGCUCUUGGAUGAUCUAAUGGAAGAUCACCAUACCACUACCUGCAUGGCCAGAACAAUGGAGAACCAUGAAUCUUCAAGUCUUCUGCUUGUAGCAGCAUUGUUUACAGGAAAAGAAGACUCUGAUGAAGAUUGUGUAGGUGCUGUUCCAUAUUUCCUGUCACAUGUUGUUGUGUGUCUAUUUCACCAGCAGGCCUCUCCCUCAUUGCUUUCUUCCUUGGUACAUAUGCCUCACUGCCGCUUGCCACCAGCAGUUGUGAGCUAUAUUGACAGUUGGUUCAAGUCACCAGCAGCCCACCCACUUGGAAAGCCUUUUCCACCUUCUUGUCCAUUAAGAAAGCUCAGCAAAAAGCUACUGAAAACUGACACACACAUUGAUGAGAAGCCAUUAGCUAUUGUUAAUUUCUUUGAUUCCAUGGAAGUAAAUGAUGAUCCAGAACUGAUAAUGUCUUUAUUUGAUCAGACACUGUUUUAUGCAAGUCGUCUUGCUAUGCACAACGCACUUACACUUGUGGUAUAUGAAAAAUGCAAGUACACUCUUCAGCAUCUUAUGGAGAUAGCAAAUAAACUAGAGCAACCAGAACAGUUAAGUGGCUUGUCAUCCAUAGAUUGUGUUGUUUUUGAAACAGCCAGUGCAGCUCAAGAGUUUGUUGUUGAGAAGUGUCUGAAAGUAGCUUUGAGAAACAAGAAUGUUGUUGAAAUGUUUAAUCCACUGUGCAAUGACCAGCAGCAGUCUGAUAUGCUGAUGACAGAUUUAAUAUGUUUCUUAAUGUCCUCUGCAAAUUGUUUUGUGAGAAAUAAAUCUAAUCUCUGCAACAUUCUUGAUCCACUAAAAAUGAAAUUUAUGAGUGAGAUAGUGAGGCAAACAUCAAGCAAGAGAAAGCGAUCCACAGAGUUUGCAAGAGAUUUGUCAAACAUACUAGUUUGUUUCACACUGGAACAUCAUGAAGUUGCUUCAUUAUUGGAUGCAGUAGCUCUUUCACCACUCAUUUGUCUCCCUCAGUGGCAGAAGUUAUUGGAAUACCUUCUUAAGAAAGCUGCCUAUUUGAAAUGUGGCCAGGUGGCAGGUUCGUCUAUAGCGGCAUUGGCUGAAUUUUUAAUGACUACAUCUGAUAAAGCAAAUACUUUGGGAAUUCAGGACAGCAUCAGACUGCUUCUUUCAGAAUGCCCUCAUCUUAUUGGAUCCCUUCCACAGUCAUUCUUCAAAUUCCUUUUGAAGCAACAUUCAAAGGACUCUGCCACCAUGCUCUCCGUUUUACUUCUCAGGCACAAUCCAGAUUUUCUGUCAUCAUUCAGAAGAACUGCAUUGAAGAAGAUGGACAUUUUACAGCGUGCAUCUCUUGUUUUCUCAUUACUGACAUGUUCCAGUCAUGUCCAAAAUGAAAUGUCAAAAGAUGAUGAGUUUCUUAGAAAACUUUAUGAGUUGCAUGGUCCUGAUAUUCACAAAAGCAUUAAGAAGCCAAGUAAAGCUAAGUCAUGGAUGCUUACUAAUGUUCCAGGUGUAACAUUAGUGUUGGAUAAGUGUUUCGAUCAUGAAACGCAUUCAAAAAUCCUGCCAGCAAUAUCAGAAAACAUAACCCAAAUGACAGUUGUUGACCAAUUUUAUUUAAACCUUAUAAAAGCUGUAUUUUUUAGUGCCUGGAAAAAUGAAAAUAAGAAUACGGAACACAUACUGUCAUUUGUGAAGAUGCUUCUACCAUUAAUUGUGAGAGUUUUGGAAGAAGGCACAACAUCUGCUGCAGAUCUGGUCAUACUACCAGAAUUGAUAAAUAAUUGUACUGACAAAUUGAACUCUUUAACUGAGUUGAAAGUUUUGAAAGGGACACAAUUGUGGUUCAACUUUUGUCGAGUUUGUUUGAAAUUUGGGCUAAAAAAUGAAAAUGAAUAUCAUUCAGUGCUACUUCCACUUCUCACCAGGUUCAUCAGUGGCGUCUAUGAAGAAAACAGCAAUUCUGCUGAGGCAGUUACAUUAUUCCAAAUGACUGUAUCUCAUUCAAGAUUUCUCAGUGUUGUCCUUGGCAAAACUCAGGCAAAGGGUAACCUUGUGAGACUGCUUUUGAUGCUAGCAACAAGAGCACCAUCUGUCAUGCUUCCAGAACAUGUACCUGUCCUUUUGGGAGCAUAUGGUGCAACGUUAUCUAGCACAGACCAGUUGAUUUUGCAGUUGUUACAGAAGUAUGAAUCGUCAGGUGUGACACUUGAGAGAUGCCAGCCAUAUUUAUGGGGUGAGGCAGCAGUGAAUCAUUAUAGUGUGAGAGGCCAAGGUAGCUCAUCUCUUUGGCAGCAGCCCCAUGCCAAUCAAGUGCUAGAUAUGUUGGAUUCUGCUGUUCUACAGACAACAGUUUCAAGAUUUCCCUGUGAGAGAGAUGUACAGGUUUUAAAUAAUAUGCAUCAUGACGACUCAAGUAUUUAUGAUCCUGCAUUUAUCUUGCCUCUGUUGAGUAAGUUGCUGGCUCCAGAAUCACCAGUAAGACCACAAAAGGUCAUUCACAGUGAUGCACUGGCAUUAGUUCUUGCUGCUCUUGGGAGCGAAUGUAACACAACUAGAUCAGCAGCUUGGCAUGUAAUUGGACAACUCUACACACAUCUUGAAGCUACCAACUUUGGUAAGGAACGCCACCUAUGGCUACAUCUGCUGGAUGUCAUUCGCUGUGGUGCUGCGGAUAUCAUGAAAUAUGGCAAGAACGACACUGAAUUUGUCACUCCAAAACUUUCAUGCAUAGUGUCAACAUUCCUCGCCAGGGCUUCACUAUUAAUUUCUCAACCACUUCAUCCUUUGUAUCAGCCUUUGCAUAAUUUCAUUCUUGCCAAACCUUCGUUGUACCUGUUGAGUAUCCCUGAAUUCCUUCCACUUUUUCAUAGUUCUGAUCUUCAGCACAGUAUUCAUCGACAGUGGAUUUUGGAAGUUAUAAGAGAUGGUUUAAAAAGUCCUCAAGACAUUGAAUUGUGCUUCAAAUGUGUAUUGUUCAAGUUACUUCUGGACUAUUAUUUUUCAAUUUUGGCUGACACUGAAACUAAGGUGUUGAUUGUCUCAGUGUUGGAAUCUGCACUGAAAGUGCCAGGUGCAGCCAAGCUUCUUACAAACAGCUACAGUGUAAUUGUGUGGUUGAUGGCUGCAGUGGAUCGUUUGACCAGUAGUGAAACAGGCCUUGCCAGAGCAUUGCUUGGUGCCAUUGCAGCACUACCAGUUACAUUACCAUCACUACCAGCUCUUUUGAUAAAUUUCUUAACCCAUUUACCCGCAACCGUAUUGGACUUAUGUAAAUAUUUGGAGGUACUGAUGUCCAUCAAGGUGAAUCUCCUGGACAGAAAGCACCUUAAUACCUUGCUGAAUAAAGCAGAAGAAAUCCUCAACAAUGUGGAUGACUGCAAAAUGCUGUUGAAGUAUGAUGGGAAAUUUUAUAUUCAAGAAGACAUCAAAGAUAUACAACAUGAAGAAGAAAGGACAAAACUGUUGCUUAAAAACAUAAUUCUCACAUGGUGCUGUGAUAAAUAACUAAAUUACAUAUCUUAGACUAGUAUCCCACUAUUUUAAUGGUUCACGUAACUACAACUAUAGCUUUUUUUUCUCUUUCAUAUCAAUCAUAGACAAUGAAAACCCCAUAACUCCAUUUUCUUAAAAUUUUACAGGAGAAGGAAAAACAGUUUCUUAAAAAAUAAAAUAUAGUGAUACAGAUAAAGUGGCUACUUGUGUAACUAUAUUUUAGAACUGUAGCUAUUGACAGAUUAUAGAAAUCGGUGUACUUUCAAAGCUCUCAUUGAUAAUGGAAAUACUGGUUAUCGAAAUUAAGAGAUUUUCACAGACAAAUGGAGUUACGAGUUUUCAUUGCCUACCAUCAAUAUAUAACACAGUUGAAAAUGAUUUUUUGUGGUUUAAUAGUGUUGUAUAUCCCUCGGUGAUACCACCAUAUUUGUUAAGAAGAAGAAAAAGCUGUCAACCACAUGAAUGAUAAUGUAAAUAUGGAACAAAGCUUGUAAAAUAUUGUAUUAUAUUCAUAAACAAGUAUAUGAAACAGUUAUUUAAUCAUGUGACAUUAUUUGUUGAGUAUCCAGAUGUAAAUAUUCCACGAAUCUAAGCAAAAUAGCUAUUGGCACAAAUAUGUGCUGCUUCAAAUAAGUAUGAAAACCAGUUAUAACCAAAUACAACCAGACAAAAAGAAGUCAUACAUACAUAGAGAGAAAUAUUUGAUCAUGCGCUUUCAGAAUGUAUGUGCUUGUGUGGUAAUCAUCCUGAAUACAAGCAGUGUCAAUAGACUACCCACAGCAUUACAUUUAAUGAAUAAUUGUUCCCCUCUUCAAUCAUGGAGACCCCUGUAAACAAGAAACAUCAUCAUUAUAAUGACUUCACUAGGCUACAUUUCAUUAUAACAAAGAAAGCAGAGCUAUGUGAACACUGAACUCACAUACUGAGUACUUUGUAAAAUGUUUGCUUCUUCCUUUGACUAAAGAUUAACCUUGCCUAUUGUUCCAUUUGGUAUAUAUCUUUAUGUGUACUUAAUGCCAUUUCACCAUAGUUUUUUUUUUAUUUGGUAGUAGUAUUUUGUUAUACCACCCAGAAUAUAUAGAUUUUUUUUCAAAAUGAGAUGUUUUAAGGUUCUAGGUUUGUUUUAAGGUUUGAAAGUACAAAACAAGCUUAGGUAAAUUGUUUAAAAUUUUAAUAUAUCGAACUGUAGAAUUAUAAUGAUCACAAGUGGUCAACAGUAACAUGUGAUUUGUGAAGUGUACUUUAGAACUGACACAGCCAAUCACAUAACCAGGAAAACAAAGCUUUAGAUUAUAAAGUAUGAAAGUCGUUUAUUCCAACAUGCUCUUCCUUAGGGUGUGUACAUAUUGUCAUCUUCAUUCCAUGAAUAUUUCUUUGUUUGUAAUAACUUUGGUGCUACAUAUCCCUCUGGCAGAGAGGUAUGUAACUGUACAUCUUCAUAGUCGACAAAUGAUAGUAGCAGUAGUGAAACCAUACAAUAGUUUAGAGUUGAAAAUAAAAUGCUGGUGGAGGUUUACAGUAUCUGUUUUGCAUGUGACACAUGGACAGUUGGACACUGCACGUCUACAGGGUUUGACAGUGAUUGUACCAUGACUAUGAGUUGCAAUGCCUGUAUGUAAUUUGUAUCUUCCCUGUUUCGGCACCCCGUAUUGGAGCAGCAUGGUGCACAACUGAGUAAAAGCACAUGUAAUAACAAUAUAGCUUGACAUUGUGCAAAAUAAAAGAAAUCAAUUGAAAUAUCAAA